GACGCCCCGGCUGGCCCCCUCACCCGCAAGAUCAGCAGCAGCAUCACGUACCACUACCACCCGGACCCCCACACGCCCCCUCCCCCGGACCCCUCCCGGUCCGACCCAGGGGGGGGUCCCCCGCCGGCCCCCACCCCCCCCUCGCCGGCCCCCCGCACCCUGGUCCUCUUCCUCCCCUGGCUGGGCGCCAGACCCGAGGCGCUGGCCAAGUACCGGGCGCUGUACCUGGGGCGCGGCAUGGACGUGCUGACGGUGGAGAGCGGCGCGCGCCUCUUCCUGUGGCCGCGCUGGGGGCUGGCGUACGGCCGGGACGUGCUCCGCCUCCUGGAGCAGCCCUGGCUGCAGCGGCGCCCCCUGCUGGUGCACGCCGUCUCCAUCGGCGGCUAUACCUUCUCCACCAUGCUGAGCCACCUGGCCCAGGGUCCCGAGAGGUACGCCCGCAUCACGGAGAGGGUCCGGGGGCACGUCUACGACAGCAUGGUGGCCGGGAGCCUGGAGCACAUGGCCGCAGGCCUGGGUAAGACUCUGUUUCCCCGUCUGGAGUUCCUGGUGAGGAACGCCGCCCUGCUCUUCUUCUGGCUCUUCCGUCGCCACACGGCCGACUUCUACGACAGCGGCGUGCACGUGUUCCGCAACAACCCCGUGCGCGCGCCGGCGCUCUUCUUCUUCUGCGACAACGACGUCAUGUGCGACCCGGUCGCCAUGGAGACGGUGAUGGAGCUGUGGCGGGGGCGGGGCGUGGCGGUGGACCGCCGCCGCUGGCCCGUGUCCGUGCACGCCGCCCACCUGCGGUGCCACCGCGACGAGUACCUCGCCGCGCUCGAGGCCUUCCUGAGCUCGCUGGCGGCGUCGGCAGCGAGCUCAGGAAGGCCUCGAGCGCUCACGGACGUUGUUUAGACACGAUCGACGCGCAAACACGGGGGAACGCCGGGAGUCAGAAGCUGUGAGGUUGCUAGUUCGAUGCCCCCCACGCUCAUGUGUCGAGGUGUCGCCGAGCAAGUUACCGAACCCGACUGUCUCCGGAUAGGCCGGCUGUCGCCUUGCACGGUUUUACUCCGCCGUCGGUGUGUGAAUGUGUGCACUAAACCUUGUAAGUCGCUUUGGAUAAAAGCGUCGGCUAAAUGCCCUCAAUGAAGAACGGGGAGGUUCGUUACGCCGCCUCAAUCAAAACGGCGUCCGUCUGCACUCCCAUAGGAGGAACCACUGGCGGCUCGGAGCGAUGCGUGAACAACGGAACAAUGCAAACUACGAAGUCGUGCAAACACGGACCGGUUGGUUGUUAGGUUCUCUGUCCCUUGUUUGAGGCUUUCCAUUUCAUUUGAAGUUUUUAUCUGUUAUGCAAAGUGUAAACCACUGAAGUUUCAACGUUUUAUGUGUAUUGUAUUUAACGUAGAUAAUGUUAAUUUAAUAUUUAUAUACAAACCCAGGCAGUACAAUUUCCAUCAGUGGCCAGUGUUGCUUUAUGUUAUUUUACUUGCUUAUUAUUAAGAGCAUGACAAAGUGUCCUUAGAACUGAGCUUUUAAAUGUAUGUGUUUGGUGACAAUUUACAAUAAGAGUACAUUGAUAAAGGUAGUCAGAAAGCUGUUGAGAACUCUCAGAGCAGGUUACCUUGAAUUGGGCAUGUGUCACUGUUUAUUUGUCACGAUAUAGUUCUCUAUAUGCCUGCUUAGUUUGCACAGAGAAAAAUGCUGAGAAAUGCUGAGAAAUUGCCCACUUGUAUGAAAUUGUUUUAAUUCCUUGACAUAAUUGCACAUCCGCCAAUCAAUAUGUCAAUUCAUGCAAUGAGAGAUCACAAAUAAAAAAAUAUUUCUUGAAUAA